AUGGGUGGAGUUUUCAGAGCCUUUUUUGGACCAUUUUUUCCCCAUAAAUUGAGGGAAGCUAAGGCUGAAGAAUUUGUUAAUCUGAAGAAGGGGAAGAUGAGUGUCAAAGAAUAUGCAUUGAAAUUCACCCAGCUGUCUCGCUAUGCCCCAGAUUUGGUGUCUAAUAGGAGGUCACGCAUGAGGAUAUUUACAUCUGAUCUCUCAAAAGAUAUUUUAUUGGAGUACAAGGGUGAUAUGCUGAACAAUGACAUCAAUAUCUCCAGAGAUGUUUUGGUUCAUCUAUUGGGUAUUGUUGAUGGGUCAGAGACUACUGGGGCAGGAAUGCAACCUGCAACUACAGCUCUUAGAGUUGAGCUACCCCCUAUAUCGGUAGUUGCUCAGUCGAUAGCCGCUCAGCCAAUUGUGAUCCAGCCUACUAUGUCUGCUGAGGAGCAGAAAAUACUGGAUAUGCCUGGCAUUCCCCUUGACUGUAAGAUAGAGUUUUCUGUUAACCUUGAGCCUAGCACCCGACCUAUUUCUAUGGCACCUUACCGUAUGGAUCCUGGUGAGCUUAAAGAGGGCGCAGCUAUGUUUUUUAAGAUAGAUUUGAGGUCUGGUGAUCAUCAGCUGAGGAUUCGGGCUGAGGAUGUCCCGAAGACAGCUUUCAUAACCUGUUAUAGUCAUUAUAAGUUUUUGGUGAUAUCAUUUGUCCUGACUAAUGGCCCAGCUGCUUUCAUGGAUUUGAUAAACUGUGUGCUCAGACUAAAUCUAGACUCUUUUAUUAUUGUGUUCAUUGAUGACAUUUUUGUGUAUUCAAAGAAUAGUGAGGAAUAUGUACAACACUUGAGGAUUAUGCUUUAG